AUGUACCAGUUGGCCGUCCAACAGAGAAUUUUUGCGGCUUUUUUUGAUCAUCCCCUGUGGCUUCUCUUGUCUGAUGACAAGGAUGAGAUGUGGAAAAUGUUCAUUGAGACAAUGGACAAACACCUUGGGAAAGACAAGAUUCCCAACAGAUUUUGGCGAGAUCCAACCACCACUACCAUACCUGCCGUCAAGUCUCAGUCAUCAGAAUUGGCACAACCUGCUGCUCCUCAGGCUACCACACCUGCCGGCAAGUAUCAGGGUAUACAAUUGCCACCACCUCCCACUCUUCAGGCUACUACACCUUCUCAACCAUCAAUCCCACAACCGGACACUAUUGGGGCCAGCACAACUCAUCAUCCCCUUGCAAAGUCUCCCUUGGACCAAGCCAUCAUUAGACCUGACCCAGCUGCUGAACUUAUCCAAGACAAUGUUCAACCUGCAAACACCACAGAUUCCACAACUACUGUCUUGCCAUUGGCUCCCGCGCUACCCACACCGUGUGUCUCUGUGUCGGUAAACCCUUCAUUGGAUGGCCCUCAGGACAACCAGGGGAGCACUGGCACACAUUCUGGCAACCCAGACCUUACAACCACAUUGCUUACCACACCAACCAAGCCCGGUGUUCCACCCGUUCCCUCUUGUUCAGAAGAACCUUCAGUUCUCAUCAAUCCCCCUGGGGGUAUUCCGGAUGGCGGGGUACCAAUACCUGUUGAUGCAGAUUUUAGGCAAGUAUCACAUAAGCCAUCCAUUUGGGCAGUUAGUGACCCUGCGGCUUUUGAGCUCACCAAGGCCACCAUCGACAAAAAGGCUGGGAUAUGGUGGAAGAUGUGCCCAUCAAAGAGGAACCCAGAUCAAAGCAACAGCAAUGUGACAGCAACUUGGAUAUUGUUGAAUAUCAUCUAA